CACAGUGCCGCGUGCGCCCCGGGCGCGCCGUAGCUGCGGGGCCCCGGCCGGGCGCUACGCUACGGAGGCGGCGUAGGGCGGGCGCCGGACGCUGACCAGGGCUGGGGCAGGGUCGGGGUGCUCGGUGGCUCCUUGGCUGAGGCGCGGGAGGCCGUUCAGGUAGUAAGGCCGGCGGCAAGAGUGGCUGCGCCGCUCUCCGGAGACAGAAGUUCUGGGCCGGCCAGUGGAGGCGAGCGGGCCCGAGGGCCGGGGCCAGGGCCGCGCUGCCCGGGCUACGGGGACUGAAGAGGCGCCACCAGGUUGCAGAGCUGGCCACCUUGUCUCUGGCAUGGGCACGCUCCUCCCUCCAUGCUCUACUUCGCCCACCGCUGGCCAGAGGUGACCAGGCCCGGCUCUCCACACGGCCGAUGUCAGGGGGGCCAUGGGGAGCUCCGCCUCCUCCCUGGCCGCCGAAACCGAGUCGGACCACAGCUUCCCUGGGGGGCCGCCCUACCCAGGGCCCCUGGCAGCAGCUGGCUGGUGUAGGAGCAGCCCAGGGGGCCCUGUCUGGGGAGGCACCCUGGUCACCCGGCAGCACCCGCGCCCCCGAGCCCGAAGCCACACCCACUCGCCUGGGUCUAUGGCCACAGUCGGGGAGUGGUCCUGUGCCCGCUGCACCUUCCUGAACCCGGCAGGACAGCGCCAGUGCUCCAUCUGCGAGGCUCCCCGACACAAGCCCGACCUCGACCAGAUCCUGCGGCUCAGCGUGGAAGAGCAAAAAUGGCCCUGCACCCGCUGCACCUUCCGGAACCUCCUAGGCAGGGAGGCCUGUGAAUUGUGCGGCUUCACCCCUGAACCUUUGCCUGGGACCUCCCUGCCCAUCAUCAAUGGGGCCUUGCCCAAGCCACCCACCGUCCUGGCAGAGCCCAAGGGCAGCUGCAAGGAGGAGGCAGGUCCAGUGCGGACAGCAGGGCUGGCGGCCAUGGAGACAGCCGUGAGGCACCCCGAAUCGGAGGCAGAGGCAGAGGAGGCAGCACCAGGAAGAGGCUGGACAUGCCCACGCUGCACUCUAUACAACACGCCUGUGGCCAGCUCCUGCUCUGCCUGCGGGGGGCCGCGGAAGCUCUCACUGCCCAGGAUCCCACCUGAGGCCCUGGUGGUCCCUGAAGUCGUGGCACCUGCUGGCUUCCAUGCUGUGCCUGCAGUGCCCCACCCGGGCCUGCCCACAGACAGUGUUGAGGCUGACCCGGCCCCCACCGGCCAGGAGUCCCCCAGGGUGCCACCCUUCAGCCCCUUCUCAGCCACCAUGCAGAACAACCCAGUACCCCGCAGCCGCCGGGAGGUCCCCCCCCAGUUGCAGCCACUAGUGCCUGAGGCUGCUCAGCCCUUGCCCCCUAGUGGCUCCAGAGGGUCCCUCCAGGGCCCAGGGCCGGCCUCAGCUGGGGCCUCACGCCUGGCAGAGCUGCUGUCAGGCAAGCGCUUGAGUGUGCUGGAGGAGGAGGCUGUGGAGGCCAGCCCCACCCAUAUCGAGGCCAGCAGCUCCACCCUAGGCAGUGACAUCAUAGACCUGGCAGGGGACACAGUGCGCUAUACACCUGCCAGCCCCUCCAGCCCCGACUUCACCACCUGGUCCUGUGCCAAGUGCACACUCAGGAACCCCACAGCAGUCCCCAGGUGCACAGUCUGUGGCUGCUCCAAGCUGCAUGGCUUCCAGGAGCACAGUGAGCCACCUGCCCGCUGCCCUGACUGCAUCGCUGACAAGCCUGGCCCCUGCAGCAGCAGCUGUGGACGGGUGCCCUUAGCCCACAAGGCCACCCGCCUCUUGCCCGAGCGCCCUGGCCAGUGGGCCUGCCCUGCCUGUACCCUGCUCAAUGCGCCUCGGGCCAACCACUGUGCUGCCUGCCACACACCCCAGCUCCUGGUGGCCCAGCGCCGAGGGACAGCACCACUGCGGCGCAGGGAGAGCAUGCAUGUGGAGAAGCGGCGGCAGACAGAUGAGGGCGAGGCCAAGGCCCUGUGGGAGAACAUUGUGGCCUUCUGCCGUGAGAACAGCGUGAACUUUGUGGAUGACAGCUUCCCUCCCGGGCCAGAGUCAGUGGGCUUCCCUGUGGGUGACAGCGUCCAGCAGCGUGUGAAGCAGUGGCUUCGGCCCCAUGAGAUCAACUGCUCUGUCUUCAGGGACCAGGGGGCCCCAUGGUCUGUCUUCCACACACUCCGGCCCUCGGAUAUCCUACAGGGGCUGCUGGGAAACUGCUGGUUCCUGAGUGCACUGGCAGUGCUGGCUGAGCGGCCAGAUCUAGUCGAGCGAGUGAUGGUCACACGUAGCCUAUGUGCGGAAGGCGCCUACCAGGUGCGUCUGUGCAAGGACGGCACGUGGACAACGGUGCUGGUGGACGACAUGCUGCCCUGCGAUGAGGCUGGCUUCCUUCUCUUCUCGCAGGCACAGCGGAAGCAGCUCUGGGUGGCCCUCAUCGAGAAGGCGCUGGCCAAGCUGCACGGUUCCUACUUUGCACUCCAGGCGGGGCGCGCCAUCGAAGGCUUGGCCACUCUCACCGGCGCCCCCUGCGAGAGCCUGGCGCUGCAGGUCAGCUCCACUAACCCCCGCGAGGAGCCCGUUGACACUGACCUCAUCUGGGCCAAAAUGCUGAGUUCUAAGGAGGCUGGGUUCCUUAUGGGCGCCUCCUGCGGUGGGGGGAACAUGAAGGUGGAUGACUCUGUCUACGAGAGCCUGGGCCUGCGCCCCCGCCAUGCAUACUCCAUCCUAGAUGUGCGUGACAUCCAGGGCACCAGGCUCCUACGGCUCCGGAACCCGUGGGGCCGCUUCUCCUGGAAUGGCAGCUGGUCAGACGAAUGGCCACACUGGCCAGUACACCUGCGUGGUGAGCUCAUGCCACGUGGAAGCAGCGAGGGCGUUUUCUGGAUGGAGUACAGUGACUUCAUCAGGUACUUUGACUCUGUGGACAUCUGCAAGGUGCACUCAGAUUGGCAGGAGGCACGCGUUCAGGGCUGCUUCCCCAGCUCGGCCAGUGGGCCCGUGGGGGUGACAGCGCUAACGGUGCUUGAGCGGGCCUCGCUGGAGUUUGCACUCUUCCAGGAGGGCAGCAGGCGCUCAGAUGCAGUGGACAGCCACCUCUUGGACCUGUGCAUCCUGGUGUUCCGGGCUACCUUUGGCAACGGUGGGCACUUGAGUUUGGGCCGCCUCUUAGCCCACAGCAAACGUGCCGUCAAGAAGUUUGUCAACUGUGAUGUCAUGCUGGAGCCCGGCGAGUACGCGGUGGUGUGCUGUGCCUUCAACCAUUGGAGCCCCACCCCACCGGGUCCCCCCGCUGUGCAAGCUUCCAGCCCCUCAGCAGGAGUCCCACGCAGUGCCCCUGAACCACCUGGCAACGUGCUGGCCGUGUACAGCUCUCGGCUGGUCAUGGUAGAGCCAGUGGAGGCCCAGCCAACCACACUAGCCGACGCCAUCAUCCUGCUCACGGAGAGCCGGGGCGAGCGCCAUGAGGGCCGGGAGGGCAUGACCUGCUACUACCUAACUCACGGCUGGGCGGGGCUCAUCGUGGUGGUGGAGAACCGGCACCCGAGGUCCUUCCUACAUGUGCAGUGCGACUGCACAGACAGCUUCAAUGUGGUGUCCACACGUGGCAGCCUGCGCACCCAGGACAGCGUGCCACCCCUGCACAGGCAGGUCCUAGUGAUCCUGUCCCAGCUGGAGGGCAACGCUGGGUUCUCCAUCACCCACCGCUUGGCACACCGCAAGGCAGCCCAGGCCUUCCUCAGUGACUGGACAGUCUCCAAGGGCUCCCACAGCCCCCCACUCACGCCUGAGGUGGCUGGUCUACAUGGGCCCCGGCCACUGUAACCACCGUGCCUGGGGCUGGGCUAUAGCAGAUGGAUACCCACCUGCCCUCCACAUGCACUUUACGAGGGAGAUCCUGACAGAGGACGAUUGAGCCAGAAUCUCAGGACCCUGCCUAGGGAGCCUCUGGCUGCAGGUUCCCAUGGGCCCCCAGCACCCACAGUCCACCUGACCAGGCCUUCUGAUGGCCAAGCAGAAUACCUCGAACCAGGCAGGCUGUAGCCAGCCUCUGGGGCAGCUUUAGCAAGGCGAGUCUGAGGCCAAGCUGCCUCUCCCCAGGGGCUUGGGGACUCCUGCCAGAGCCGGGGUGGCCAAGAGCUAUUCACAAAACCAAAUCUGGUGUCAGAGGUUACGACUUUAAUGAGAUCAGUGAUCACCAUCUGUGAGGCCUGAGGUCAGAACCUUCUUGGCCUGCCCCAGAGCCCAAUUCCUGGCCCCCUGGAGGUACCCCAGAGCCUGGCACCAAGAGGCACGUCCUGGGAGGCAGAUGCCGGUCUCCGGAAGGAGGGUGUCUCCUAUCUAAACACCCCCUCCAGCGACACUAUGCAAUUCCUGGAGCGCCCUCUAGGACUGAAGCCAUGACCAAGGUGGCAGGGUGGGGCGCCUGGCCCAGCCUACUGUCUGAGGAGGCACCUUGUCCUCAGCAUGGCCAGACCACUGCCAGGCAGGCCAGGGUUCAGCAGAGUC